UCUCCUCGCUUCGCAACACUUCUUUCAUCUUCCCUAUUAUUCUGCAACCACCACUUCCAACACUAACAAAACUCACUCACAUCACGAUCAAUACCAAAGUGAAAAACAAAGGCAUUUCCUGAAACAUGACAACGGUGGAAGCAGCCAACGAAUCCAUGGCAACUGUGGCAGACAAGGCUCCGGUAACUGCUCAGAGAAAGGUCCCGGAGGACUUGGACACCAAGCUUCGCAAACCAUAUUUGCCACGAGCUUUGAUUGCCCCUGACACAGAGAAUGUGGAUGGAACGUGGGGCUACAAACACAACGACAUGUCAGUACUUCAGCAGCAUGUGUCCUUCUUCGACCUUAACAAUGAUGGUGUGGUUUACCCAUGGGAGACAUACAAGGGAUUUCGUUCACUGGGUUUCAACGUAAUUCUUUCGUUCAUAUUCUCGAUUGUUAUUCAUGUAGCUCUCAGUUAUCCUACUCUUCCGACAUGGCUACCUUCACCUUUUUUCCCAAUUCACAUAAAAAACAUACAUAAGGCCAAGCAUGGAAGUGACAGUGGUAGCUAUGACACAGAGGGAAGGUUCAUGCCAGCAAAUCUGGAAUUCAUGUUCAGUAAAUAUGCUCGAGAAGUGCCUGAUAAAUUGUCACUGAGAGAACUGUGGCACAUGACUGAAGCAAACAGAGUUGCAUUUGACUUCUUUGGCUGGGUUGCCAGCAAAUUUGAAUGGGGAGUGUUGUAUGUCCUUGCAAAAGAUGAACAAGGGUAUCUGACAAAAGAAGCUGUGAGGCGUUGCUUUGAUGGGAGCUUGUUUGAGUAUUGUGCUAAACAUCGCAAAGGUGGUGCUGGAAAGAUGGCUUAACAGCUUCUUCAGAUCUUCACUGUUAGGAUAACACUUUUGGAUAACAAUUCUGCAACCAAAAUUGUGGUUUACCAUUUAUGUGUGUUCUUUUAUAGAAUGGUAAUGGAUUUCGAACUUCUUCUCUCUUUCA